AUGUUUUCUGGAUCCCGUCGCUGUUUUCUGGACUUCUUCGUGGUGGUUCUGUCCGUCUGCGCUUUGGGUCCAGUUGACUGUGACGGGGUUUUGGCCCCGCCGACCCACGUCCACGUUAACGGGUCCCGGCUGGUCUGGACCGCGGCCUCAGAGGAGUCCGGCGUCACCUACAGAGUGGAGUAUCAGAGGUUCGCGUCCAACAGUUGGGACGUGGUACCGGAGUGCCGCAGCACGCCUCUUACCUUCUGCGACCGUGGUCCUGUACGGUCUCAGAACUGGUCCCAUGACGCCUGCGUUCAACUGCGGGUCCAAGCUGAGAGAGCCGGGUCGAUGUCAGAACCGGUCCAAGCCUGCAGCACUCACGGUGACCCGUGUUCUCCUCAGGUCCAUCUGACUGCCAGGCCUGGUUCUCUGACCGUCCAUCUGAGCAAGAACCACAGCCUGUUUCUGGAACACGCAGAUCACGCUCGGCACUGGAUCUACUUUGGAGCGGAGGGAGAAGAACUGGAGGAACACGACUCGUACUUCUCAAAACGGUUCUCUGACCUGCUUGUGGGUCGGCGGUACUGCACCAAGGUCCAGUUUGUCCUGUACCACAAACCCAUCGGACCAGCCAGCUGCGUUCAGUGUGAGACCAUCCCUCAGUCCGGUGAAUCGGCCCAAACGGGCCUGAUAACGGCCGUGGUGGUGGUGGUUCUGGCUCUACUCGCCGUCUGGUUGUGUUACAUUUUAAUCUGCAGGUACAAGAAAAUCAAAGAGUUUCUGAGACCACCAUGUUCCAUUCCUCAGUUCUUCCAGGACCCGGUUCUGGAUCGAGGUGUUCCCUUUGUGGCCCUCACCCCCACUGAGGAGAACUUCGAUGUUGUUUCCAGCUUAACUCCAACCGGGUCCAGAGGAGACCAGAACCUCCUGCUGCUGGACACUGAACAACAUCAGAAAGUGUCAACUCGGACCGGGUCCGAUCGCGUCUUUAACUGA